AGCGCGACUUCAUUUUAAGAUCACAAUCGCGCGUCUAGGCAGGUAUAUAAAGUACAUACCUCCUGCGUUGACUACUCGUCUUCUUCAUCCACAACCCACUUCCUUACAUAUUAAUUAUCUUAACUAAUUCCCUUAUUUAAGCUUUUUACCCUCCGACUUUCUUUCCAAAGCUUUUAAACCACAACCUCAUCCUUCAUUAUGAAAUCUUCAUUAGCCACUGUCGUCUUCCUUGCAGCUUAUGCUGUUAACGCUGACUCACGAGUUGAAAAACGUGAUGCUGCUCUGACUGAUGCCGAUAUCCUCAAUUUUGCAUUAACUUUGGAACACUUGGAAGCUACUUUUUACUCCGAAGGUUUACAGAAAUAUGAUCAAAACACCUUCACCAAUGCUGGUUUCAGUACUGCUACCCGAGCAGCUAUCCAAAAGAUCUCUGAUGAUGAAGCUUCACAUGUUAGCUUCUUAACAUCGGCUCUUCAAGCUGCCGGUGCCACUCCCGUUCAAGCCUGCAAAUACACCUUCCCUUACACAGACGUCAAGUCUUUCCUUGCCGUCUCACAGAUCUUAGAAGGUGUUGGUGUAUCCGCAUACUUGGGUGCUGCUGCUUCGAUCCAAAACCCAGGAUAUCUGACUGCCGCUGCCUCAAUCUUGACUGUUGAAGCCCGCCACAAUGCUUACGUUAGAUUUGUCAACGGCGAUUCUCCAUUCCCCGCUGCAUUCGACACACCAGUUGGUCCUCGAGGAGUAGUUACCCUUGCUACUCCCUUCUUCAGCAGCUGCCCCAACGGUUCUGCCCCGGGUCUUCAAGGUUUCCCAGCUGUUAACAUCACAGGAAAGAUCACCCCAGGGUCAACCUUGUCGAUCUCUGCUGCCAACGCUACAGGUGCCACUACCUGUGCUUUCCUCAGUGGUUUGAACACCACCACCAGCUCAUACAGCAACGGUCAAUGUCAGGUUCCAUCCGAUGGAAAGGUCGGAAAUGGACAGAUCUACGUGUUCUUGACUAAUGGCCCAAAUGUUACUGAUGCCACUACUGUGGCAGGACCUGGUAUCAUGGAGACCGAAACCCCUGGAUCCAUGCAACCCAUUGGAGGUGGUGGCAUGAACUCCACCACUGGACCUAAUGGAGCAGCUGACCGAGCCACUAGUGGUGCUACCUCAAUCCGCGGUGCUUCCAUGAUCUUAGCCUCAUUCUCUGCUGCAGUAGCUUCAUAUAUCUUUAUGUAAAGUUUUCAACGAUCAUAGCAUCUUCGUCUUUCUUAGUAUCACGUGACGCUUUUUCAACCUAUUGCUUGUUUUAACAUGCUUGUGUGUUUCUGUUGAAUGUCUUUCCUCGACCUCAUGAUUUAUUAACGCUCUUUAACGUUAUUUUGUAUGCCACAACAGAAUUUGUUUUUUGUUUGAAUUAUCAUACAGAGUUACAUGCCACGACAGUAAUGUUUUGAUUCCUUUGCGAGCCAGUUGAAGGUAGCCAAUCUCUCCUCCUCACCCAACAAUGAUUUGACGCUUUG